UCUUUGUAAAGAUGAUUACACAACGUUUGGUAAUAGCUCUUGCUUUCUUGAAUGUUUCUGUGGCAAGCAUAAUUAGGACUACAGAUUUGGAUAAUGAUCUUGCGACAAGUUCACAACCAGAAACAACUGAAGGAUUAGUUACCUCGGAGCCUGAUGAUCCUGAUGAUGUAUGCAGUUUGCCUUUGGAUGCAGGCCCAUGUGAUGUUAACUCCAUAAUGUUCUAUUAUAAUACUGAUACUAAAACCUGUGAGAAGUUUUCCUAUGGUGGUUGCCUUGGAAACGCCAACAGAUUCUAUGAUUAUUGGGAUUGUGAGUCAGCUUGUCAUGUGGAAGAUCAAUCACCCGAAGUUUGUGAUCAACCAAUGGCAAUCGGUGGCUGUGCGUUCAAAUUCAACCAGUAUUUCUACAACCAAACAACAAAUGAAUGUGGAUCUUUUGUAUACAGUGGUUGCCGUGGUAACAAUAACCGGUUCCACGACCGUGAUAGUUGUGAGGAUCUAUGUAGGAUCCCAGAAGAUGACUGUAAGCUCCCAGCGGAUCCAGGAGUUGGCCCUUACAGUGCCUCAUUCUACUAUUAUAACAUACAGACGGGUUCAUGUGAAAUGUUCCUCUACAAAGGGGCGUUGGGGAAUAAAAACAGAUUCUACGAUAAAGAGGAAUGCGAAGAGUCUUGCACGCAAUUGGAUUAAGGCAAUGGGAAUGUUUGCAGAUUGGAAAAUCAGUGGAAAUGAAUGUACGAUUUAUGUAUGGCGUAAUGAAACGAUUGACUCAAAUUGCAGAUAUUCUUAUGUGAACUCUUAUUUUUUUCCAGAUUAUAAAUUCAAUUAGAUAAUACAUUUAUAUGAAUAAAGUAGAAAUGUGACAGCAA